AUGUCUUUCCAACAACAACAACCUUACGAUCCUGCCCAACAAGGUGGCUACGAACAGAAUAACGGUAACGGUGCUAUGCCACCACCACCAAUGCAGCAACAACAGCAGCAGCAAGGUGGCAUGCCUGCCGGCGACGGUGGCUCACCAGCUCCAUUUGCGCAGCAAGGUGCCGGCGUUGAAGGCUCUUCAGGCAGCGUCACAGGAGAUGCAAAGACAACCCUCUGGAUGGGUGAGCUUGAGCCAUGGAUCGACGAGAACUUCAUCCGCAGCGUCUGGUUCGGAAUGGGCGAGCAAGUUAAUGUCAAGAUGAUUCGUGACAAAUUCUCUGGAAACGCCGGUUAUUGUUUCAUCGACUUCACUUCCCCAGCUGCUGCUGCGAAGGCUUUAUCCUUGAACGGAUCCAUGAUUCCAAACACCACUCGACCAUUCAAGCUCAACUGGGCCUCAGGUGGUGGUCUUGCCGAUCGUCGGUCAGAAUCCCGUGAUGACCGUGGACCAGAAUUCUCUAUCUUUGUUGGCGAUCUUGGCCCCGAGGUAAAUGAAUACGUCCUUGUGUCAUUGUUCCAGGCCAGAUUUCCCUCUUGCAAAUCAGCCAAGAUCAUGACAGAUCCCAUUUCUGGAAUGUCCCGUGGCUAUGGCUUUGUUCGCUUCGCCGAAGAGGGCGACCAACAACGUGCUCUGACUGAGAUGCAGGGUGUUUACUGUGGCAACAGACCCAUGCGCAUUAGCACUGCCACACCCAAGAACAAGUCUGGCGGUGCUGGACCAGCAGGUAUGCAGAUGCAAGGCGGCGGUGCUGGUGGUAUGCCCGGUGCCAUGGGAGGUGCCCCAGGCAUGUAUGGAAUGGGUGGUGGCCCACCAAUGGCUGGAUACUAUGGUACUCCUCAACCAAUGAAUCAAUUUACCGAUCCAAACAACACAACCGUGUUCGUCGGUGGUUUAUCUGGCUACGUCACCGAAGACGAACUCAGAUCUUUCUUCCAAGGAUUCGGGGAAAUUACCUACGUCAAGAUUCCACCCGGAAAGGGCUGCGGAUUUGUCCAAUUUGUUCAACGACACGCUGCUGAGAUGGCCAUCAAUCAGAUGCAAGGCUACCCAAUUGGCAACUCUCGUGUUCGUUUGUCUUGGGGACGUUCCCAAAACAACUCCGGACCAGCCGGAACCCCAUACCGACCUGCUCCUCCACCUCCUCACUACCAACAGAUGGGUAUGCCACAACAGCAUAACCCUUACAAUGGUUUCCAACCUUUACAGCAUACAUCUUCUUUCGCGAAUGGAGUUUAG